AUGGCCAUCGAGUCCUGGUCUCUUUCGAACCACUCCUGUGAGAGCCGGAAACGGAUACCUAAGCCUGUUGCUUCGGCCAGUCAGAAGAGGGCCAAGGGGGUUGGUGUUUCCACCCCUAGUGGGGCUUCUAAGUUGGCAUCUGAUGCUCAAACAGAAGUCGCUGACAAAGAGGGUGGUGGCGGCGCCGCCAUUCAGACUGAUGUUCAUGAGCACUCUACCUCCAAUCCUCCAUCCCGUGAGAAUUCCCCAGCUCCCAUUCCUGCAAAAUCCAAAACUGAAGGUGUCGAGAAACCUCCCAAGGCCGCAUCUUCAGCUAAGAAGACCCCCUCAUCUGAGGGAAGGAGGAAGGUCAGGAGCAAAUCUCGUCAUAAGUCUCCUCGCCGUUCCAGAAGCUCCACCAACUCGAGCCCUUCCAAAGACUCUGCUUGCCAGGUAUCUUUAUACUUUUCAUGUUUUGCUGACUCCUUUAAUAUGCGUUUUACUUUAUCGAAAGGACAUAAAAGGGGUUUUUCUUGCAGGAGACUCAGGGUACAACUUCUCCCAUCCGCGAAGCAGAGCCCCUUCCAGGCAAAGAUGACAGCCCUAUGCCUCCUCCAAAAUCGGCUGCCACUGUGCAACAUUCGCCUCAAAACAAAGGUGGCUCUUCAUCUCAUGUGUCUAGUGAAAAGCUCGACACUUUAUUUGAGGAGGACCCGCUGGCAGCUUUGGAUAGCUUCCUCGAUGGCACCUUGGAAUGGGACUCUCCACCCCGUCAAGUUGAUGCUACUGCUGAGACUGCUCAAUCAAGUGGGGUAGCCAAUUCUCAGCAGAUCGAGGAGAGUAUGGGUCGGCUGAAGGCUAUUGUCUUCGCCAAUGGGUUUCUCGACCAGAUCCAAGCUGAUCCUCAAGCAAGCCAUGCUGCUAAGGAAUUGCUUGUCUUCCUUCUUGGCCAAAAACUCGACGCUCAACAGGCUGCUG